GGAGACAACGUGAAAUUCAACUUUCCGAUGGCCUUCACCACCACCAUGCUCUCAUGGAGCGUACUCGAGUACCGCAACACAAUGGGGACCCAGGCAGCGUAUGCUCGCGUUGCGAUCAGCUGGGCCACUGACUAUCUUCUCAAGUGCGCCACUGCCACGCCCGGUAAGCUCUACGUCGGUGUGGGUGACCCGAAUGCUGAUCACAGGUGCUGGGAGAGGCCCGAAGACAUGGACACUGUCCGAACCGUGUAUUCCGUAUCUUCCAGCAAUCCGGGAUCCGACGUCGCCGGUGAGACCGCCGCAGCGUUGGCAGCUGCUUCUAUGGUUUUCCGCACAGUUGAUCCGAAGUACUCGGCCUCGCUGCUUAAAACGGCAAAGAAUGUUAUGCAAUUCGCGAUGCAGUACCGUGGGGCCUACAGUGACUCGCUUGGAAACGCCGUUUGUCCAUUCUAUUGCUCUUAUUCUGGUUAUAAGGAUGAGUUGCUGUGGGGAGCUGCAUGGCUGUAUAGGGCAACAAAUGAUGUUUUUUACUUCAAUUUCUUGAAAUCAUUAGGAGCUGAUGAUCUACCUGAUAUCUUCAGCUGGGACAACAAAUAUGCUGGUGCUCAUGUUCUCUUAGCCAGGAAAGCACUGUUGAACAAGGAUCAAAAUUUUCAGUCAUUCAAAGGAGAAGCUGAAAACUUCAUGUGCAAGAUCUUGCCCGAUUCCCCCUAUUCAUCUACCCAAUACACACCAGGAGGGCUAAUGUACAAGUUACCGAACAACAAUUUCCAGUAUGUUACAUCAAUUACAUUCUUGGUCACAACAUAUGCUAAGUACAUGAAAGCAGCAAAGAUCACAUUUAACUGCGGCAGCCUCGUGGUUGAUUACAUUUUGGGAGUCAAUCCAAUGAAGAUGUCAUACAUGGCAGGGUUCGGAGCGAAUUUUCCCAAGAGGAUCCAUCACAGAGGAUCUUCCUUGCCUUCACUAGCAAGUCACCCUCAGGCCAUUGGUUGCAACAGUUUCCAGCCAUAUUAUUACACAUCGGACCCCAACCCUAACAUCUUAGUAGGUGCCAUCGUUGGGGGUCCAAAUCAAAAUGACCAGUUUGCUGAUGAUCGAACUGAUUACAGUCACUCUGAACCUACAACCUACAACAAUGCUGCUAUUGUUGGUCCCUUGGCGUACUUUGCUGGGGGUUCUCAUGCUUGAUGGAAAAUGGAUUAUACUCAAGUAAUAUUGGUUUCUGUUUGUGUCACUAGAAUUGUAGCUCCAUGCCAUCAAUAAAACAGAAUGGAUAAUGAACAUGAGAUGUAAUU